AUGUUGGUUAAGGACUUAUCCGAGAAGGCCUUAGCGAGUCUAGGGCAAUUGGUUGUGACUCAAAUGGGUAAAAAGGCAAUGGAGGAAGGUUCGACUGUGCCCAAAAGUUUGAUAGAGAUUCUAACAUGGGAAGAUAAACCGAAAUGCCAAGAGUACACGGCAUAUAUCUUGAUGGUAUUAGCUCAUCAGAGUUGGAGCCAGCGUGAGAAAAUGGCUAAGGCAGGGAUUGUACCGGUACUUCUUGAAGUGACCUUACUUGGAAGCCCAUUGGUUCAGAAGAGGGCAGUUAAACUUUUGCAGUGGUUCAAGGAUGAAAGAAAUGUACGGAUUGGUCCUCAUUCGUGUCCACAAACCAGCCGUGUGAGUUCCGGUAUUGGAUCUCCAAUGAGCCCGGGGUCAGGGGAAGAAGGUAAAAAGAUGAUGGAGAAUCUGGUGAAACAGAGUUUGUACAAGAACAUGGAGAUGAUAACUAGACGAGGCAAUGUGGAUUUGGAAAGGGAGGCUUGUAGGCUUAAGUCUUUGAUCAUCAGCACAAGCUCUAAAAGCUUGACUUAUUGA